GCUGCCGUGGAGCGCCGGCUGGGGGAGCCUGGGCGCCAAUCUCCCCGGGGGAAAGCGCGCUCGCUUCUGCUCGGGCUUCGGAGGCGCGCCCUAACUCGGGUCUCUCGGGGCCAGAGUCCGGGGAGCGUAGUCCGAAGUCCCAGGGCGAAAGGGCUACGGGGCGCGCGCCGCCGGUGUUGCGCGCUCGAGGCGCCCUGGCCGGGGGGAUGCCCCUGUGCGGGCUCGGCGACUAGCCCGGCCGCUCGGUGCAUGGCCCAGCUAUGGAGGUGGUGGACGAAACAGAGGCUCUGCAGCGCUUCUUCGAAGGUCAUGAUAUUAAUGGAGCACUUGAACCAUCAAACAUUGACACCAGCAUCCUGGAAGAAUACAUUGGUAAAGAGGACUCACAAGAUAUCUCUGAUUUAGAUUCCAUCUCUGACAUCCCAGUGUCAGCUGGUUAUCCUCAUACUCAGCCUUCCAGCUCUGCCCCUGUCAGUGCAUCUGUCUCCUGUGUUGGUCAUGCAAUUACUCCUGUACCCAGUGGUAACUUCCAUCAUGGUCCCCCAAGCACUCAGGUCCCAGUCCGUCAUGGUCUCCAUCCUGGUCCUCCAAGUGGUCAAGUUCCAAUACGGCAUGGUCCCCCCUUGCCAAGUCCAUGUGGCUCCAGUUACAGUGCUCAUCUCAACUGCAAUAACAACAAUGGCAUGGUAGUACCUAAAGGGUACCUCGGUGGCCACUGCCUGUCCAACAUUGCCCCUCCAAUCAAAUCAGAAGCCUCCUACACAUCUGGCACUUUACCCGACUCUCCCCCAGACUCCGGAUCAGAAGCAUACUCCCCCCAGCAGGUGAAUGAUCCUCACCUUCUUCGAACUAUGACUCCUGAGAAUAUGUGUCAAGUUACUCCCCCUUCACGGUUAGAGCAUCCCCCACCCCCUCCACCUCCUCCACCCCCACCCCCUCCCCCACCCCACCUCCAGGGGCUGCCACCACCACCUCCUCAUUCACACCAGCAGCAGCACAGCCAUCACUAUCCCAGCAUGCAGCGGGACAUGUACACGAAGUCUGAGCCUCUGAUGCCACAGUUCACUAUAGGACAGGGCAUGUCACCCGGCGAUCUCCAUCAUGCUCAGCAGUCACAGAUGCUUCAUCAUCUACUUCAACAGCAUGGAGCAGACCUUCCAGUGCACCCUGCCAAGAAGAGGAAACACUCAGAGUCACCCUCAAACACUCUCAAUGCCCAGAUGUUCAAUGGAAUGAUAAAACAGGAGCCAGGUACAGGAUCUGUGCCUCUCAACUCUGACAGAGUCCAAACACCUCCCUGGCAUCAGCAGGGGGCGCUCUCCCCAGGACUGAUUCAGGACAAUGACAGCUUGAAUAGCUCCUCCUACUUGGAUCCCAACUACCAGUCUAUAAAAUGGCAGCCACAUCAGCAGAACAAGUGGUCAACUCUGUAUGACGCUAACUACAAAGAGCUACCUAUGCCAACAUACCGAGUGGAUGCAGAUAAAGGCUUCAAUUUCUCUGUGGGGGAUGAUGCUUUCGUGUGCCAGAAAAAGAACCACUUCCAAGUCACUGUGUACAUUGGUAUGAUUGGAGAUCCCAAAUAUGUCAAGACUCCUGAGGGUUUGAAGCCACUUGAAUGCUUCUAUCUGAAACUGCAUGGGGUGAAGCUGGAAGCAUUAAACCAGUCAAUCAACAUAGAACAGUCUCAAUCAGACCGCAGCAAAAGGCCCUUUAAUCCUGUCAUGGUCAAUUUGCCUCCAGAGCAAGUCACAAAGGUCACGGUGGGGCGGUUGCACUUCAGUGAGACCACGGCCAAUAACAUGAGGAAGAAGGGGAAACCUAAUCCUGAUCAAAGAUACUUCAUGUUGGUUGUGGCUUUGCAAGCUCACUCUCAGAAUCAGAACUACACUCUGGCUGCUCAUAUCUCAGAGCGCAUCAUUGUUAGACAAAGGGCCGGUUCGGGGGUAAAACACAAACAGAGGGCAGACGGGGACCCCGGAGUCUGCAGACAAGCGUCUAACCCAGGUCAAUUUGAGAGUGACAGUGAUGUACUUUGGCAGCGCUCUCAGCUCCCUGACACUGUCUUUCACCAUGGCCGAGUUGGCAUCAACACGGACCGACCUGAUGAAGCCUUGGUUGUCCAUGGCAAUGUAAAAGUUAUGGGAUCCCUUAUGCAUCCAUCAGAUAUCCGAGUAAAAGAUGAUAUCCAAGAGGUAGACACCACAGAACAACUGAAGAGAAUCUCCCGUAUGCGGCUGGUGCAGUAUAAUUACAAGCCGGAAUUUGCUGCCACUGUUGGCUUGGAGAACACAUCUGAGACAGGUGUUAUUGCUCAAGAGGUGAAGGAAAUUCUUCCAGAAGCGGUGAAAGAUUCUGGGGAAAUGGUCUUUACCAGUGGGAAAACUAUUGAGAACUUCCUUGUGGUAAACAAGGAGCGUAUUUUUAUGGAAAACGUUGGGGCUGUGAAGGAGCUCUGCAAACUGACUGACAACCUGGAGAACCGGAUUGAUGAACUAGAGCGGUGGAGUCAUAAACUGGCCAAGCUCAAAAGGUUGGACAGUAUGAAGUCAACUGUAAGCUCUGGAGCAUUCAGCCAAGCUGGGAGUCAGUUCAGCCGUGCAGAAAGCAUUCCGCAUAAAAAGAGGUCCCCCAAAGUGGCAGGCAAGACUCCUACACAAGGAGUCACAGACCAAGCUUGCAUCAGCCAACGUUUUCUGCAAGGUACCAUUAUUGCUUUGGUGGUCAUCAUGGCAUUCAGUGUGGUGUCCAUGUCUACACUCUAUGUGCUGAGCUACCGCAAUGAGGAAGACCUUGUGGAUAUUGAAGGCUCUUUUGCUGUGCCUACUACUUGCCUUCUGGCUCUUUUUCAGCACAGAGGUCCUGGCGUCCCAGUUGCUCUCUGUCCAUGGUCCAGUCAGAUCAUAGAUAAAGAUCAGAUGACAUUUUCCACUGCUGCAUCAUCAAAUAUCCCUGAUGAUGCUUCCCCUUCAGAGCAUGCUGCAACCCAUGUGCCUGACUUGUCCUCUGCCUUGCCUGCCUAUAACAUAGUAGUCUGUUUCAACCCACCUUGUUUUUCUACCUGCUGCUCUUCUGUUCCCAACAAUGUAUCUUCUCUUGGAACUUCUGGGACCACUACAAUUGCCACCAACCGGAUAGACCAAAGCUUCGUGUCACUCCUACCAAUGACAAACAUCAAAGCCAAAUCGAGGGGGGUCACUGGCAAGACAACUUCCCACGCAAAGUGGCCAAAGAUGGCUGACCGAUCACGGGGCUUUGGCAGUCCCAAUGCCAGCCCCUCCUCCCUCUUCACCAAUAUCCAGGGCAAGUCCAAAUAUGUUGCCAACCUCCAACUCACACACAACAGUUUCCCUCCUGAUCAGACAGCACGGCAGCGACGGAGCAUUGGCCAACCAGAUGCUAAGGAGCCUGGCAUCGCAAGCACCAAGCAUGAUGGAACAGCUCCUGUGCUCCAGUCUGUGUCACUUUUGGAGACAAAUGUGGUCAUCUUACCCCAGGUCUGUGCUACAGGGGAUGAUUGCAGGACAGGGAAUAUCACUUACCGCAUUCCCAUCAGCAAGUUUACGUCAGUGAACACAAAUCUUACCUUGGAAAUGAAUGCCUCCUCAGCUGUAUCUGGCUAUCUUUGUAAUCUCAUAUCCAAGAGCCCUUGUCUGCACACUGAAGAUGACCUGGACAGCUUGUCUAAUGCAACAGAUAUUCAGGGAGUGACAUGCCGUUGGUCUGUGGUUAUGAUGCCAUUCCAGGAAUUUACCUACCACUUCCGAUUAGCUAGGCCUGGCCAAGCUAACUGCAGCACCCCUGCGGAGCAGAUGGGCUCUCUUUUUAAUGACUACUAUUUCCAGUUCUACUGGCUCUGUGAGUGAGUCUCAGGAGCACCAGUACCCUUUGACAGAAGCAGAAAUGGGCCCAAAGACUCCUGCGACUGAAUGUGCUCUUCAGAGAACGCCUGGCCCUGACGAGUUGCUUCUGAUCUGCAAGCCCUUCCCUUUGGGUCUGAGUAACUUGGGUUCCUUCCUAGCAGAGGGAUAUUAACCUUAGAAUGCCAUACUUUGGGGAGGAGUGCUGCCACAAGCAAAACAUGGAAAUAGGGAGGCAUUUGUUUUUGUGAUUUGCUCUAGGAUACUAGAAUUCCUCUGUCUUGUGAAUACACUGGAUUUUAAAAUUUUAGACUUGACCAUGCUCGUGUUCAGUCUAUUUGGACACCUCAGAACUGAAGGACAUGGCUUGGCUGGAAACAAAUCUCGGUGCCCAGAGAGUUAAUGAAGCAGCUUUCUAGGGCAAAUUUCUUACCAACCAUGUUGGAAGUCCUAUUCUAAAAUGGAAACACUGGAUCUGUCUGAAAAGGAAUUCUAUCUGGAUGUGUUGCAAGUCAUACACUGGAAUUUUCAGCUUUCUAGCUGGUAGUCAGAUGCUUCUCUUUAAAGCUAUGCUUGGCAGAAAUCCUGGUGACACUGGAAUUCAGGGCUGUUUUCAGUAGCAAUAACCAAUGGAAAAGCUAUGGGGUUUACCGCUCACUUCUUCCUGCGUCUAGUUUACUAUAGAUUUGUAUUCUGCAGACAACGAACCUCAUGGACCCUGCAAAAGCCACUCUGCGAGUCUUACUCUGCAGGCCACGUUUGCACCCAAAGUGCCUUCUUUUCAGGACUGGAUGAAGAUGCUUCUCAAGAAGUUAGCUCUCUUCUAUCAAAAUAUACUUGAGAAAUUAACCUCUGGGCUCUGCAACUGGACUCCACAAUGCUGGUAUCAUAAUAGCAUUGAUGAAACCUUUUAAAUCCCAUUAUCUGCAUCUGCCAAAAAUCCAUUUGUCCCAAAGAGAAUAUGGAAGAACUCAUAGUAUUAACCCUUGUGCCAGAAGCUGAAGAAAGGAGGCCCCAAGAAGGAAUGUACCUUCUAAAUGCUAAAAAUAUCCACACUGAUUUUUUUUUUUAUCCCUAAGGGGUCUCUGUGAGGCAACAAACAAAACACUUUCCUUCACUCCUGGCUUUGACUCUCCUUCAUAUUUCAGGUUAUUUACUGUUACAGGGUUUUAAUUUGCUAAACCGCUUUUUUUUCACCAAAAAAAGAGAAGCAGCAGCAGCCAACAUUCAAGUCAAUUGCUGACUGGCUUUGUGUCUCAUAGGAAACCAAAGUUGAGCCCACACUGAGUGCCAUUCUGAGCCAAGAUGUUGAAUUAGGGGCCGGGAUAAGUCAGACGUAUGAGCACAACUGUCAACGUAUCAGUCUUUUGCCGUCAAUUCAAAGACAAAAGGGUUAGUUGGUUCAGGCCCUGGCUCUUUCUAAAAUAGUUAAAUUUUAUGUAGGAGCAAGAACAGUUGCGUGGAGAACAAGGAAGUGACCUGAUGAGGAAGUUAAGCUGCUGGUUCAGCUCUCUCAACCAGAAUUAAAUUGCUGUAUGAAGAAUAUAUGAAAAGAAGCAUUCCUGCCUUUGGCAUAUUCCAGCAACCCAGCACUGCCAGCUUUUAAAUUGGAUUACUGUAGUAAAAGUUACUAAGGUAGCCCCUUGGCUGUUGGUGGUUUUUU